AUGCUCCGCGUAUGGCUUCUGCCGAUCGCCGCCAUUGCGGCAGAGGUGGGUCCGGUGGCACCGCCGCCACCACUGGAGGUAUCCGACAAGACCAGUGAGGACGAGACAUUGCCCCUUGCACGCAGACAAUUCCUACGCGAGGUGCGAUGUUGGCAGCGCAUGAUCAUCUCCGUCCCUAGUCUGGAGAGCUCUGCUGCAGGAGUAGGCCCCAAGGGCCUAGGCAUGACGUGCCAAGGUGGUGCCGUUGUUGCUGCAAGCACGGGCAUCUUGGCCGACUUGAGCUGGCCACGGCCCUCGAAGAUUCCAACCAAGGUGUUGACCUUCGCUUGGGCAGCCGCGGAGUACCAGUUCCCAGUAAUCGAGGGCCUCAUGGCAAGGAAUGACAGCAGCGGCGAGGUGGUCGCCAAGGCAGGUUGCUCGGCCAACUACGCACAGUUGCUCGGGGACAUCACUAAGGUCUUUUCCGAUCUCUCCAACUCCAAGAUCUAUUGCUUCGAGUCGCUUACCAACAAGACCGCCCAGCGCGAGUGCGCGCAGAACAGCAUUAAGUCACUCGAGAAGGUAACAGCAGCCAUCGCAGAGGCGGCGAAUGCGAUGUGGCAGUGCUUCGGCAUCUUCUGGGGGUGUUCCCAGCUGAUGAACUCUGCCUACAACAAGCUGUCGCAGGCUUACUACGCAAGCUUCAAAAUGUCCAGCAAAUGCAGCGUCGACAAGGAUGCCACUUGCGACGAGGACUUCUAUGCUUUCAAGGCAUUGGGAGCUCUCAGCGCAGCGAAAGGUUUGCUGCAGUCUGCGCAGCAGGAGUGUGACAUCAAAGGAGGUACCCUGGAGCAUCCCCUGAAUCCCUGGGCCGCUACGCCUUUCAUGCCCCGGAAGGCUUGGGAGAAGUUGGUAGCUGCUGGUAGCUCUAAACAGCUUGGGUGGCUGGAUGCUGUGCCAGCAAGGACCCCGAAUCGGAGAAGUGACCGCGGCUGA